AUUGGCACUGACAGUUGGAUCCUGAAUCCUUAUUGACAUAUUUUUGUAAUUCUGUGGUUUAGCUGAUUUUGAUUUUCAUAAUGAAUAUAAAUACAAAAAAAAGGGAGUUCUAAAGACAAAUCUUUUAAAAAAAACGUAUUUCUUCGAACUAUAUGGACUAGAAUUAACAAUAUUCAAACUAAAAUAUCAUUGUAGUAACCAGUUGAUGCUUAUAGCUCGAAUUUUUCCACACAGAUUUUCAGUUCAUGAAUUAGUUGCUUGAUUUAGGAAGUUAUAUCUAAUUUUCUACAAAAUGGAUCAGAUGCUUCCAAGCCCAGGAUUUAGUAUACCAAGUAUAGGGACACCAUUACAUCAACCUGAAGAAGAUCAGUUGAUUUUACCAAAUGCCUUACAACAACAACAGCAGCAACAAUCUGUAUCUCAGAUUCCUCCUCUGGCUCCGAUGAAUCCAGGAGGACUCACGCCAACUUUAGGUUUAGGAAUGGGAAUGUCUUUGCCUCAACAUACACAAACAAAAUAUUUACCUGGAUUUUCUCAGUUAUCAAGUUUGAUGGGACAAACACCACAACACAGCAUGAUGUCACCUAGUGUAAAUGCCAGUAUGCCUAUUUCAAAUGCGGGUGCAACACCUACUAUGGGACCAUCAACACCCGCACCCAUGACACCAAUGACACCUCACUCGGCAGAUCCUGGUAUAGUUCCUCAACUUCAGAAUAUAGUUUCUACUGUGAAUCUUAAUUGUAAAUUAGAGUUGAAGAAGAUAGCUUUACAUGCUCGUAAUGCAGAAUAUAAUCCAAAGCGAUUUGCAGCAGUGAUUAUGCGUAUUCGUGAACCACGCACAACUGCUCUAAUUUUCUCUUCUGGUAAAAUGGUUUGUACUGGUGCGAAGAGUGAGGAAGAUUCUCGAUUGGCAGCUAGAAAAUAUGCUCGUAUUAUACAAAAAUUGGGAUUUCCUGCCAAAUUUCUAGAUUUUAAAAUUCAAAAUAUGGUGGGCAGUUGUGAUGUCAAGUUCCCAAUUAGAUUAGAAGGUUUGGUUUUGACCCAUAGUUCUUUCAGUUCAUACGAGCCAGAAUUAUUCCCUGGUUUAAUUUAUCGUAUGGUGAAACCAAGAAUUGUAUUACUUAUUUUUGUAUCUGGUAAAGUUGUUCUUACUGGUGCAAAAGUACGUCGUGAGAUUUAUGAAGCCUUUGACAACAUCUAUCCUAUUCUAAAAAGUUUCAAGAAAUAGUACACAACAUUUUAUUUUUGGAAAUCUUUUUAUUGAUUGUGAUAUAGGUCUUGAACACUACGUGUUUGUUAAAUUUCUUAAUUUUUUUUGUUUUAAUAAAUGAUAUUUAUGUAA